CGGGCGCGCGCGCACCCCGGAAGCGGAGGCCGUAGAACCCGGAAGCGGCGGCGGGGCAGGAUGGACGACACGCUCUUCCAGCUGAAGUUCACAGCGAAGCAGCUGGAGAAACUCGCUAAAAAAGCUGAGAAAGACUCUAAGGCCGAACAAGCCAAAGUUAAAAAGGCCCUUCAGCAGAAAAAUGUGGAGUGCGCUCGUGUCUAUGCAGAGAAUGCCAUCCGCAAGAAGAAUGAGGGGCUUAACUGGCUCCGCAUGUCUUCCCGGGUGGAUGCGGUGGCCUCCAAGGUCCAGACAGCAGUGACAAUGAAGGGGGUGACGAAAAACAUGGCCCAGGUGACUAAGGCCUUGGACAAAGCCCUGAGCUCCAUGGACCUGCAGAAAGUGUCAGCGGUGAUGGAUAAAUUUGAGCAGCAAGUUCAGAAUUUGGAUGUUCAUACGUCGGUCAUGGAGGACUCCAUGAGCUCCGCUACCACGCUGACCACGCCGCAGGAGCAGGUGGACAGCCUCAUCGUCCAGAUCGCAGAGGAGAACGGCCUGGAGAUCAUGGACCAACUCAACCAGCUCCCCGAGGGGGCUUCGGCAGUUGGGGAGAGCUCAGUCCGCACCCAGGAAGACCAGCUGUCGCGGAGGUUGGCUGCCUUGCGGAAUUAAGGUCUCCCGUCGCCCCUGUGGACUGCUGCCCUGCACUUGGUGGUAUGGCGUGUGGGGUGGAGGGGCCCGGGACUCCUUCCCCACCUCUGCUACGUCCUUGCUCUGACCCACUGGCCAGGCGGAGUUGGCCAUCCCCUCCUCCAGCAGCACGUCCCCAGCCCUGCCUGCCUGCGUUUAGACUCUUCUUUUGGGGUGUGACGGUGACAACUUUUCCCAGAGCAGGCAGCGAUCCUGGCAGGGGGUUUCUGAGCAGCGACGGCCUCUCUCUGGGCUUGAGGAACGCUUUGCUGGUUCUGAUUUCAGGGUGUUUUUCAUUUGAGGGUUGCUGCUGGUUUCUGGCAGCGUCCCACGAUGCAACGUCCCGCUCUUGAUUUAACACUAAAGGAAUCCUGGAGGCGGGUGGCUGUAUCUUCUGGGGUGCUGCUCGCCUGACUCUCCUCCGUGCGUAGCACACCUUUGUUACCUGUUUCAGACCGGGUCUCCGAGCUGUGGGCUGUGUUUUCCUCAGGGCCCGCAGCAAGGAGCUGUUUACAAGGAGCAGGGAGAUCCCCAUGGGGCCGCCUUCCCCUCGCAGCGGUUUGGGAAGGGUUGGUUUCCCGGCUGUCGUGUUUCUGGGAAGGUUAGUGCCUUGCAGGAAGGGGAGGUGAUGCCGUGGCAUCUCUUCCCUUGGAGUGACCUUCCCGAGCCGUAGCUGGGUUCCCUGUUUGCAGACUUCACCUUGCCCAUCGUUCGCUCCUUGUCCUGCUGGGCCAGACCUCCCUGGAGCUCUGUACCACAAAGUGACCUUUGAAACGCUCAUCCUGCCCCGUGUGUGCGUGCAUGUAAAUCCACGCGUUCCACAUCUCCAGACGCUGUGGUCUGGAAAUGGUUAUCCAGGCCCUGACCUCCCAUGUGGAACCGGUCCCAGCCUGAUGUCCAGCAGCUGGGAGUGGAUUGCAGCAGCUUCCACCCCCAGGCUCGCAGCUGUGGUGGCCACAGCCUCGUCCCCGGAUGUUCCCCAGCCGGAUGGGUGUGACAGUAAAUGCUAAACCAUCCUGAGAGUGUGUCUGCCUGCGCUGGCUGUGGCUCAUCCCCUGGAUGUCUGCUGCCAUUUUCUCUCUGCUGUCCCCAUCUUGCUGCAUCUUUGUGCUGCUGCCUGCCGAGUGUGGGACCGAGCUGGAUGAGCGGGGGCUGCCUCCAGGGCACGGCCGUGUCCCCUCUCCUCCCACUGCUUCUGGGGAAACGUGGCUGCUUGUCCCUUGGGGCCUUCCCCUGGGACUGAAGCUUUCUGUGCCCCUUCUCCGUGACUUCCAGGCACUACCGAGCUGCUGGGUUGACGGGAAGCACCGGGGAGGAAAUGUAGUUUCCUUUGCCUUUCACAAGGAGGAACUUUAACCUUCUCUCUGCAGGCUGUAAGUGAGCGAGCGCGAUGCAGCUGCCGGGGCCGGCAGCGCUGAGCUGUGCUGUGUGCCGCCAGGGGCGGGCAGCUGGGCCCACUGCAGCGGGGCAGCUCUGAUUCAUCACUUUUAAAGGGAAUUUUAACGCAUGCCGAGCUGCUGCGCUGCGCUGUGCUGUGCUGAGAGGGAAGGGCAGUGGCGGGGGGAGGCAGCUCGCUCCCACCCCCGGCGCUGGCUGACCUCCCGGGCUGCCCCUGCGGACGUGGGGCAGGACUCGCUGCGGGCCAGGGGCCAUCUCCCCAGCACUUGCAACACAAACACGUUUCGCUGUCUUGAUUAUUUCUUCUGAGUUCAGUGGCCUUGGCAGCAUGUGUCUAGUGACCGUCAGAACCUUCUUCCCCGAGGCGUGCCGUGGUGGGGACGAGGGGUGGGGACACAGGAGGACGAGGUGGCUUUGGGCCACAAAAUCACUUGGGCAUGGUGGAGCGUUGGAUCUUGUGCCCCCCUGCUGCGGGGCCGGGCAGCCUGGCCCUGCAGGGUGCCAUGCGUGGGUGCCACCCGUGGGGCUGGGGGCCAGGACGUGCCCUGCGGCCCAGGGAGCCCCUGCCCCGGGAAACGCUCCUUCUUUCAGUGUGAUGUUUCUCUGUGGUUUCAUUUGUGUGGUUUUGUUUUUUUUUUAAAGCUUGUCUCAUUUGCCUUUUUCUUCUUCUCCAACCUCACGUUCAUUACCUUCUGCUAUUUUAAAUAAACAAUCCCUGAACAUC